AUGGUUCCUAUUUUUACCCUAAACAAUUUCCGCGAGUUAGCAGUUUACGCCGCGUGUGAGUAUGAGCUCUAUUUCUUCGUGGAGCCAUGUCGCUGUGAGAGCAGGGGUGACCAAAAGAGGUCUACAAACAGUGACAGGAAAGUUAAAUACGAGAAAGAAAGAAAGGGUAGUGAAAGACACGGACUAGAAGGAAUGCCGCCAACACCUGUACCGCGCACGCAGUCGCGGUCAGUGGGUGCAAUUGAGGCCUCCUCUGGCGACCGCCUCUACCUCCCUGGACUCCUUGAUCCGAUUUCGAUUCUCGUAGGCCCUUUCACACAGAAUUAA